UUCUUCUGAUAAAGCUCUCAAGCUUUUCUCUCUUGCACUGAAAAUGACUACGCAGCUGCCAACGUGUUUUUCGCAGUGGAAUACCUCGGGCCUCAACUCUAUCUCUACCCCUAAGCUCUCCAAUGUACUAUGCUUUCCCUUGCAAUGCCGUCGCCUUCUUCCUGCUUCUUGCAGAGUGGGAAAGCAGGAUCACAAUUUCCAGCCUCAAAAUCAACCCAUCAAGAAAGUUCCUGAGGAUCGAACUUCAGCAGAUGGGGAUUUCCUACCAGUUGAAUAUGUUGACUCUAACAAGGAACACUCAGGAAGUACUAAUGCUGAUGCAGAGCAGAGCCUUGCAAGGAAUUUUAGUCUUUCUGAUAUCACGCCUUUGGCCAUAAACAAAGAUGUAGCCAAGCUAAGAGAGGAGCCAUUAGGUACCCAACUCCAGAAUUUGUUGGAAAUGAUAAGAUAUGUUGAGAAAGAUUCAGAUAUUUAUGUCUUAAAGCAAGCCAGAGUUCGGUCACUCGAAGAUCUUCAGAACAUUCUUUAUGAGAGGGAAGUAUUGCAAAGAAAUGUUGAAAUCUUGGAGAAAAGGUUGGCAGAGACUGAAGCACAGUUAAAAGUGGCCGACCAGGAAAAGGAAAACUUAUCAGAGAUGCUUUCAACACUAAGAAUUAGAAGCAAGGAUCUAAGGGAUGGGAUUGAAAACUCGCAGUUGCUGUUACAUAGGGAAACCAAACAAGCUGAUAAACCAACCACAGCAUUGCAACGAAAUCAUGACCUUCAGAGGAAGGUUGAAGAAUUGAGCACUCCUGAUGUUGAACCCGCUGAUCAUAUGCCAUGGGAAUUUUGGAGUCAGCUGUUGCUUAUAAUUGAUGGCUGGUCACUUGAAAAGAAAAUAUCAAUACAGGAUGCAAAGGUUCUGCGAGAAAAGGUGUGGAAGAGAGACAGAUGUAUUUUAGAAACAUUCAUGGCUGUCAAAGAACAGAGUGAAGAUGAGAUUAUUUCAGCACUUCUUGCAACAUCUGCAACAAGUUCGGGAUUGCAUGUAGUUCACAUUGCAGCAGAGAUGGCACCAGUAGCCAAGGUUGGUGGUUUGGCAGAUGUUGUCGGUGGCCUUUGUAAAGCAUUGCAGAAGAGUGGACACCUUGUUGAAAUUAUUCUUCCCAAAUAUGAUUGCAUGCGGUAUGACCGGAUCAGUGGCUUAAGGGCUUUAGAUGCAGAGAUACACUCAUACUUUGAUGGUCAACUGUACAAAAAUAAAAUCUGGGUUGGCACUGUUGAAGGCCUUCCUGUGUACUUUAUUGAGCCUGUUCACUAUGCUGAGUUCUUUCGGAGAGGACGGAUUUAUGGAGAACAUGAUGAUUUCAAGCGCUUUUCCUGUUUCAGCCGUGCAGCUCUCGAGUUUCUUCAUCAAUCUGGCAAGAAGCCUGAUAUCAUUCAUUGCCAUGAUUGGCACACAGCAUUUGUUGCUCCACUAUAUUGGGAAGUAUAUGUCCCAAUGGGAUUAAAUUCUGCAAGAGUAUGCUUUACAUGCCACAACUUCGAGUAUCAGGGGACUGCCCCAGCCUCAGAACUGUCAUCUUGUGGUCUUGAUCCCCGCCGGUUAAACACACCAGACCGAUUGCAGGACAACAAAGCUCAUGAUAGGGUCAAUCUUGUCAAGGGUGGAAUUGUUUUCUCUAACAUCGUGACAACAGUGUCUCCUACUUAUGCUCAACAAUUGCAAACCAUGGAGGACGGGCAGGGCCUCCAUUCAACACUUCGCUCACAAUCCCACAAAUUUUUUGGCAUUCUAAAUGGUAUCGACACUGAUGCAUGGAAUCCUAAUACUGAUACUUAUCUCAAAGUUCAUUUCAAUGCGAGUUAUCUUCAAGGGAAAUCAAAAAACAAGGAUGACCUGAGAAGGAAACUGGGUCUUUCAUCUGUAGAUGCCAGGAUGCCGCUGGUUGGCUGUGUAACGAGAUUGGUGCCACAUAAAGGCGUUUUUCUCAUUAGACAUGCAAUAUAUCGAACAUUAGAGAUGGGAGGACAAUUUGUUCUUCUUGGUUCAAGUCCAAUACCGAAAAUUCAGGAAGAAUUUGAGAAGAUUGCUCGCAACUUUCAGGAUCAUGACCAUGUUCGGUUGAUAUUGACAUAUGAUGAAUCUCUCUCUCAUCUCAUUUAUGCUGCAUCUGACAUGUUGGUCAUUCCAUCGAUCAUUGAACCUUGUGGCCUAACACCGAUGAUAGCCAUGAGAUAUGGCGCCAUCCCUGUUGCCAGAAAAACUGGAGGAAUCAAUGACAGUGUUUUUGAUGUCGAAGAUAAUACAGUGCCUUAUGAGCUAAGAAACGGAUUUACAUUUUUGAAGGCAGAUGAGCAGGGAUUAGACAAUGCUUUGAAACGUGCAUUCCAGUUGUACAAAAGAAAUCCUGAGAGUUGGGAUCAGCUUGUUCGGAAGGACAUGAACAUGGAUUUCAGCUGGAAAUCCUCAGCAGCACAGUUUGAGGAGCUUUACUGCGACGCUGUGGCUAGAGCAAAGAGAAGGAACAUGCUUAAACGAACCUGACAACCUUCACCUCUCUGCGGCAACUUUUCAAGAUUUAACUUUUGUAUUGUUUGUGAAUGGGUUCUGCAUUUUGAGUCUGAGAGAGGAAGCUGCAUACUCCAUGAGUUCUCCAAGUGAUGUAAAUAAAAUAAAAAUUUGCUCUCUCCUCAGGAAUAAAAACGUGAUAUUUAUUGCAGCAAGCCAUGAAUAUCUCCACACCUAUUUUCAGUCAGCUUUUGCACUGCUGCUUUUUUCUCCACAUCUUAACGUUUGGGCUUAAUAGAAAACUUGCCACACUGUGGAUGAUUUCAUAAACAUGGGUUCCAUUUAUUAUCAUUAGCCGCUACCAGAAGUAAAAUUUUGAGAUCAAUUUGAAUUGAGCCCUGGUGCACAAAACACAAUAUGCUCCUUAACUGGUUUGCAACAAAUUUACAUCACGAGUCACAACCCACACAUUCUUCUUCUUCUU